UAGUAUAGUACUAAAGAUCUUCAGCUAAAGAUUCAGUCAUCAUCCUAUUUCAUAAGCCCUGGUUCAUUUUAGGAAAUUUGAUUUGGAUUUGGAACAUAAACCCACCACGCUUGUCCAAUGCGGCGGUAAUACACUGACUUAGAAUUCGAACCCACGACUUACGAAUCCGAACGAACUACUGGACGAGGCGAUUGUUUAUAUAAUAAUCAAUACGUUAUCAUAACUAAAGUCUCAAACAAUCACCAAACGAAAUGAAUGUUUAUAAGCCAUCUCAUAACACGAUACUUUGUUUGAAGCAUCAAUAAGAAUGUAUCGAAUUACUUUAAUCACAAACGUUGACCUCUUUUUAACAGGAGAUCAGUGGUCGCAAAUCGUUCCCCGGGCUCGAGUGUUUUCGUCAUAGUAUUACAUAAAAAUUACAUUUAAACCCUAGGUGGGAAAUAAAGCAACUGACAGCCAAACGGUAUUUUUGAUGCUAUUUUCGGUUUUGUUUUAAAAUUCGAGACUCACGUGAAGUAUUUACACACAAACCAACUUUUAAUUGUUUUUGUUUGUAUUUCUGUCUGUUUGUCGGGGCUAAUCUUUGGAAAGGCUAUAUCGAUUUAUACGGAACUUUCGCUGGAAGAUAGAGGAGGUUAUGGAGUGAUAUAUAGGUUACAUUUUAUUCAAAAAAAAAUCAUAGUUGAAUAUAAUUUGCAGUUAAUUAAAUCUGCAGUUGGACUAAAAAUGGUCUUAUUGAAUUCAAAAUGUUUCUAUUGGGCUAUCUAUGUCAAAGUUGUCAUGAGCAUGGACACUUUGCUUGAAGAUCUUCUCACACCAAUCCCACAGUUGGGAGAGAAGUGUGGUUAUGACAGUUGUCCCAAUCUGAAAACAGAUUGGAUAAACGUACAUCUGGUGCCACAUUCGCACGGAGAGCUUGGUCUGGCGAAGACGUUCACUGAAUACUACACGGGAGAUUCGUCAGGCGGUGGAAUGCGAAUGCGUAUCAAUUGGAAAAAUAUAUUGGAUUCGUCAAUAUCUGAACUGUGGGCUGACAAGGGAAGGAGGUUUACAAUAUCGAAUAGUGAGCUACCGUAUUUCUUCCAUUGGUGGAAGAACAGAGAUGGGACAAUUCAUCGUAUGGUGUAUGAGUUGGUUCGCCAGGGUCGCCUGGUCUUCGUCGGCGGUGGCUGGGGCAUGCCUGACGAAGCCUGCACCAGCUACCAGGCAAUUAUUGACAGCUACACUUACUCUUUGAGGAAGUUGAACGCGACAUUUUUGUCGUGCGCGCGACCGUUAGUCGCGUGGCAGGCAGACUCAUUCGGUCACUCGCGCGAGUUGACUUCGCUCGUCGCGCAGAUGGGGUUCGACGGGCUCUUCGUGAACCCCAUCAGCUUUGAUGAUGAACUGCUCCGCAUGCAGAGGAGAGCGCUGGAGUUUGUGUGGCGAGGGAGCGAUGAUUUGGGUGGAGAUACAGACAUUUACACUCACAAGCUAUUCGACGGCUAUUGGUCACCGCCGGGCUACUGCUUCGGCAGCACUUGUGAUGACCCGCUCUUCAUGGCGUCGGAUGCUGUGUUCAACAACGUCGAACAAAGAAUAGAAGACUUCAUAACAAAAAUUCGAUAUCGACAAGCGCCACACUACAACACUAGACACGUGAUGGUGAUGAUGGGGAAGCGGCUCGGGUUCUACGAUGCCAAGCUAUGGUUCACGAAUAUCGAUAAAUUGAUUCACAAUCUAAACGAAAGGACAUACAAGAACAAUGAAAAAAUGCACGCUUUCUACUCAACACCGGCGUGUUAUUUAAAAGCUGUUUAUGAUGAGAACCCACCCUUAGAGACCAAACAGGAUGACUUCUUUCCAUACGCUUACAACAAAGACACUUACGCCACUGGCAUGUACACCACACGACCGACGUUCAAGUAUCUGGUGCGAGAAUCCAAUAUCUUUCUACAGAUCGCAAAACAAUUACAAGUGUUAACAAAUUUGGAUAAUAACGACAAGUUAUUUGAAGAUUUCAAUUGGAUUAUGGGAGUGGUGCAAGAUCACAACAUCAUAUCCGGUGCCAUGAGAGACCACGUCGCUAACUACUACACCGAGAAACUGCAUUCAGCUGUUCAAUGGAGUACAGAGCUCAUACAGACGGCUUUUAACAAAAUUCGCAACAGUCCACCACAUACAGAGUAUAUGUUAUGUUACCUGAACAUAUCAUCUUGUCCUGACACUAAAAUCACCAAAUUUCAUAUAACAGUAUAUAAUCCAUUAGCUUGGCCCGUGACGAUGCCUGUCCGGUUGCCUAUUAGAGAUAUAAAGUAUGUGGUGUUCGACCCAUCAGGUGCAAAAAUACAGGCAGCAAAAAUGAAAAUUCCAAAUCAUAUAUUCGACAUACCAAAUAGGAUCGACCCAGCAACACACGAACUGGUGUUCAUUGCUCAAAACAUCCCACCGCUGGGCCUGAGGUCGUACUAUAUAGAAAACCAAACGUUAAAGCAUUUGAAGAAAAUUUUAAAAAGAAAAACAAGAAAGAUGGGAAGGAAGCCCUUAGAAGCGCAAAAAAUUACCCGAGUAAAGAAAUCUUUAAAAAGAAAAAUAAGAAAUAUUCAAGGAAAGUCCAACAUAAGACAGAAUUUAAUUGAAACACCAAAAGCUAAUGACUAUAUCGAUUUUGAUUUUAAUAAACUGGAUACAAUAGACAAACUUGAUGAUCUAAAGGAUUAUGAAACAGUAACAUCAAACUUUAGAAGAGAAUAUGAUGACACUCAAAUUAAUGAUGAGAUUUCCAUUAACAAUGAAACACUUGUUAGGCGUUUUGAUGAUUUUAAAAUAAUAAAUGAUUUAAAUAAAUACGAUAAAAGUGAAACAGUUACAAUGAGUGCGCACGAUUUUGAAGAAACUCAAUUUGAUAACGAUGAAUGGCCAACUAAAAAUGUUGAUGAUCCUAACACAACCACAGAUAGUAAUGUAGAUAGUAAUGACGGUACAAUUACACUGAAAUAUAGAAACGAUUUUGAUGAAAUCGAAAAUACUAAUAAUGAGUUGUCUGGGAACAUUGAUGACGAUGAUUUUAAAAUAACAACAGAUAUUAUAAGCAAUUACGAUAACACAAUACUGAAAUAUACAAACAAGUUUGAUGAAAAAAAUCUGGACAAUUUUAAAAUAACAACAGAAUAUGAUUCUACAGCUUUUAAAAAUUAUGACGAAGAAGAAUCCUUAUAUUACAACACUAGUGAAAUUUCUACACAUAAAAUAGAAGUAACAACCAAAGGAUUAAUAUAUCCAGUUACGCGAACAGAAAGUGGUGUUGCAAAUAAUGAUAUUGAAAUAACGUCUAUAGAUAAAGUUGAAGUAACAACUGAAGGUUUAAACAAUGCAGUUACUCGAACAAAAAGUGGUGUUAUAAAUCAUAAUGAUAUUGAAAUAACUUCUGUACAUAACAAAGAAGAACUCUACACAACAACUUUAAGUUACGUUAAUGCAGUGACACGAACAGAAGGUUGGAAUGUUGUUAAUACUACAAGUGAUGUUGAAAUAACUUCUAAACGUAAUAUAGAAGUAACAUCUGAAGGUUUAAUUAAUGCAGUUAUAGGAACAGAUGUUGUAGAUAUUUUCAAUAAUAACAGUAGUAUUGUAACAAAGUCCAAAUAUAACAUAGAAGGCACAUCUGAAGUGUUACCAGAUACAAAUAUAACAACAAUUGAAAAGGAGAAAAACAAUACCAAUAGAAAAUUUAAUGAACAUAAUAGAGAUUUAAUAAUGGCAAAUAAUAAUAGUAAUAUUGUAACGUCCAAAUAUAACAUAGAAGUAACAUCUGAAGAUUUACAAGAUACAAAUACAACAACAAACGAAAAAGAGAAACAUAAAAAAUCUAAUGAACAAAAUCGAGAUAUCCUUAAUAUCUCAGCACAAACAACAGAAGAAAAUAAAUCUUUAUCUAUUGCUCGUGAACUAAAUGUAUUGAGAUCAAAUGAUUCAGAAAAAUACAAUUUAACAAACAAUGAAGAGAAUUGUGACGAUGAUUUAGAUGCUGAUUAUAGUGCUGUAGAUUCUAAAGAUAAAAUUAUAAGGAACCAGCACGUCCAAAUAAACAUAGAUGGUUAUAACAAAAUCAGCAGCAUGAAUCUCUCGAACGGCGUGAAUACGUCUCUAGAUAUACAAUUCUACUAUUACGUGUCAGACGAACCGGUCGGCAAUUCUACUAAAAAACAACCGGGCGCUUAUAUUUUUAGAUCCGCAAACGUUUACCCCGAGCCAAUAAUAGAUUUCGUAGAAACAAAAGUCUACAAAACAGACAUAGUACAAGAAAUACAUAUAAAAUAUUCCAAAUACGCGUCAUUUGUGGUCAAAUUAUACAAAAAUCAGCCAAUUAUUGAAAUAGAUUGGGUCAUAGGUCCCAUACCAGUUGAGGAUAAUAGAGGAAAAGAGGUUUUUAUACGAUACACUACAGAUCUAGAAAAUGAGGGUACUUUUUAUACGGAUGCCAAUGGGAGACAAAUGAUGAAGAGGAUCAGGCAUAUGAGAGCGACGUACGAACCUUAUAACUUGGACCCUAUUGCUGGAAACUUUUAUCCAGUAACAUCAAGGAUUUACAUUGAAGAUAUAAAGAAAAAUCUACGGCUAUCAAUUUUCAACGACAGAGCUCAAGGAGGAAGCUCUCUUCUAGAAGGUUCUAUAGAUUUGAUGGUGCUUAGAAGAAUCCUGACUGACGAUACAGGAUCAUUCAUAUUUGCCAAUGAAACAGAACAUAACAAAGGGCUCAUUGUCAGAGGAACCCAUUAUUUGUAUUUAACCAAAGCUAAUUCCAAACAAAACAGAGUAUACGAGAAAAAACUUGCCAAAGAAAUCGAAUUGAAACCACAGAUUCUAUUCAACAGAGUAAAACAAUGCAUAAACAGACGUUAUUGGAAUAGUUACAAAAAUGAAUACACCUUUAUUAACAAAAAGUUACCAAUAGGAAUACACAUUUUAACAAUUCAGAAGUGGGAUGGCGAAACAAUGUUGUUAAGAUUGGAGAAUUAUUUGGAACAAGUUGAUAUUGUUAAAAAUGGUGUUAAAAAAAUUAAUUUAACUGAUUUAUUUGUUAAUAUUAAACCUUUGAGUUUGGUUGAAAUGACUCUAUCAGCAAAUAUGUUAUUGAAAGACAAAGUUAAAUACAAUUGGAGGAUUAAUGGCAGUUUUGUGAAGAAUUUCAAUGAAUUUUAUGGGUUUAAAGACAAAGUUGAUUACAGUAAGGACGAAUUUGAAUUACCUAAUGAUGUAAAUAUUCAACAAAUAACAUUGGUGCCCCAGCAAAUCAGAACUUUUGUAAUUAAAUAUGAAUAUAAACGAUUGUUACCGCCCGGAGGACCGGUUAUAGACCUCCAUAGAAAACUUAGUACCUUACAUGUGAGAGAGGAGGAGGACCUACUGAGGUCGCCGCCACCACAGUCGACAGGCUGUGAUGAGGGCGGCUUCACUACUGUCCGAUCCAAAAGGAGCAUUAAGAGAGAAAGAGCCAAAUUAAAGAGACAGAACGCGACGUCGGGAUCGCGACCGAUAUUCCAGCAGCCGGCUGGAGAAACCUCGUCGGCUGCGGGAGGAUCGGGAGUGACACGACCGCCAAAAGUUAAACAUCAGGGAACUGACCCAGAGGAGCAGAGACCAGCGAAACGUCGUCCACCAAGGUCACAGGAAGGGCCGCGAAAAACAGCUAGGGAGCUGAGUGAACUGGCUGUGGCUUUUCAUCGGGCCGACGGUGUCCUGGUCGACGCUGAACUGGCAAAAGAAAUUAGGAAAAGACUGAGUGACCUGAUCGGGGAGGCUAUUGAGCAGGACGUUGACAGUGACAAGUUAAACUUCGUAGCCUCGGGGCUGGUGUCGGAAGGAUUUUACCUUGUGACACCAGCCAACGGGAUGGCGAGGGACUGGUUGCUGUCAUGCAACUUGGGUCUAUACGAUGGUGUCCCGAUCAGGUCAGUCAGGCGAGAUAGGGCCAAGGCAGUCAUCUGGAUUCCUGGAAUGGAAAACAGACUGAGCUGCCCUUUAAAUCGCCUGAAAGGACAAAACAAGACGAGAACAGACUUACAGAUCCCUGAAUGGAAUCUCAUAGUUCGGGAGCCUCUCACAUUGGGGGAGCGACUGAUUGUGGGAGUCCCUCAGGAGGUCUGUAAAGUCUUUGAUAAAGGUGAAGUAUGGCUGUACUAUGAACUUAUAAAGGUACAGGUCAGACUUCUUAAAGGCAAGAAAGUAGGCACUACCGACGUGGAAAUGGAGGACACUUCACAACGCCCACCGACGGGUGCGACUGGUGGAAGCUCGGGACCGGCAACGUCGUAUACGGAUUACCAAAGCAGUGGAGGUGCCAGUGGGGACAAUAGUACCCCCCCACAGUGCCCUCCUAGCGCCGGUGCAUCCGGAACGGCGGGCUUGUUGCGCGCUGAAACCGGCACACAAAAGAGCCGGCACAUGUGUGGUGACGAGAAACUCGCGGGUCCCCUAAAGGAAUCCCGCUGA